AUGCCCGAUUCCGAACCUGAGGCCGGCCCUGACAGGGCACCACCCAACCUUCCCAUAGGCUGGAUCGCGCAGUGGGAUGGAAACUCCCGGAAGUACUAUUUCGUGCAGAUCAGCACCGGAGUCUCGACCUGGGAAGUGCCCACAGAAGCAGCCCCUACAGUGCCGUCGCCAGGAAAUACGCCAGCCCAACAUCAGAACCCUUUCCCUGCCCCACAAGAUGCUCAGGCACAAACAACCCGCGGUGUGGACGGGCAAGAAGGCGAACGUGGACUCGGAGGCAUGGCCAUGAACAUGCUUCUGAACUCAAACAAGCCUCAGCAGCAGCAACAUUCCUCCGGCCUUGGUGGUUUGGCUUCGCAAUUCCUCGGUGGUGGCUCGCAUUCUAACUCGGGCCACAAUCAAAAUCAGAGCCACAACAGUGGCGGUGCUGCAGGACUGGUCGGUAAACUCGCUGGAAACUUCCUGGGAGGACAAAACAAGCCGCAUGGACAGCAACAAGGUAGCAGCACUGGUAACAGCAGUCAUAACAGCGCUCUGGGUGGUCUCGGAAGCCUUCUGGGCGGACAGCAGUCGCAUGGCAACACCGGCGGAAGCAGCAACCACAGCAGUGGUAUGGGCGGCCUGGGUGGUUUGCUAGGUGGUCACGGCUCUUCGAACCAACAGCAAGGAUAUGGCUAUUCAUCUGGUGGAUCGUCUCAAGGAGGCACAUACUCUGGACAGGCUCCUCCGUCGUCAUACAACCCUUCGGCUUCCCAUCACUCUUCUCCGGCUCCAUACGGCCAAUCCACUGGAUCAUACGGUGGUCCAAGUGGGCAGACCACUGGUACAUACGGCACACCUAGUCACAGUGCUCCAGGACAACAACAUGGACAAUAUCAGUCUUCGCAUAACACUGGAGCUUCACCCAGCCAGUACGGCGGUCAGCCUUCUCACGCAUCUUCGGGCUAUCAAUAUGACCAAUACAGCCAGCACCAGCAUAACCAGUAUGGUGGUGCGCCAAAUCACGGUCAGCCUCAACAGAACUCGCAAUAUGCUGCAUAUCAGCCCGGCCAGGGAAGUAGUUAUGGCCAGCAAGGCGCAUCAGCACAUGGUGGCCCGCCGCAAGGAGGAGCGUCGCACGGCGGGCCCCAGUACGGGCAAUCAUCUUAUGGCGGACCGGGUCAGGAACAACUAACACAGCACCAGUACAACCAGUACGGUGGAGCACAUGAGCAGCUAGGUCAGCACCAGGCAUCGCAAGGAGGCUAUGGAGGACAGGGUAGUAACUAUGGAGGACCAGCACCUCCAGCAUGGCGAUAG